AUGCCCAAGUUCGCCGGUCGAAGCAACGCAGCAUGCAAUUACUGCCACCGCCAAAAGGUCAAGUGCAGCGGAGAACAGCCUUGCCAGCGAUGUCGCCAACACCAGAGACACUGCACCUACCGCCCGCGUGGUGAUCGCACGGUCGCCGUGUCUGAGAAGCAUCUGGAACACCUCAACACCACUCUCAAUGACCUCACCAAUGCCAUCAGAGUCACUGGCAACUCUACGCUCAAACCCACAUCCAGGUCUGCCACGCCGAGGACCACCCGGGCGGAACAGACACCUCCAGCCUCAGCCCCAGCGACCCAGGCUCAUGCUCACGCAGAAUCCGAGAGCGAAGACGCCGUGGCUCCGCUCGUGGAGGACUCAACGGCCGAGUCGUUCAUCCGCAAGCUCAAGGAAGUUCUGUCCAACGUCGGCAGGGGAUCAGACAACCCCUUGGCCACCUCGGCAACGGCUUUCCCCGCCACCUCUUCUCCAUAUUCGAGCAGCUGUGGUGAAGGCUCGGCUGCUUCACAACGUCAACAUGCCAAUAUGAGAUUCGAUACCACCCAUUCAAAACUCUCGUUCAAAUUACCCCCUUAUCAAUACGCCGUGCAACUCAUCUCCCAGGCCGAGCAAAGCUUUGGUGAUUACCAUACCUUCCUUCGCAGAUCAUUCUGGAGGCGACUUCACGCGACCUACAAGAACCUGUCAUCGCAAGCCAAGGAUCGCAACUGGCUAUGCAGGCUUUCCUUUGUCCUAGCAUUGGCCGAGGCCAAUAACCACAACAACCAAUCUCUCACCAUCACCUUGGAUGAAAGUGGGGAGAUCCCUUCAUGGCAAGGCAAGAAAGACAACUCGGACGACAUUUUCCACACGCUGCCGCCUGGGACUGAGUACUUUGAACAAGGGUUGCUCAUGCUGAAAGUAUCUUAUGAAGACCCUACUGUUGACGAUGUCGAGGCAUUGAACUUGGCGUCUCAUUGUAGCUUCAUUCUAAAUCGUCGCAAAGCCGCGUACGCGUAUGCGGGCCAAAGCAUUCGGCUUGCUCACAGUCUUGGCCUUGAUCAACCAGCUCCGGCUUCUCUCUCCAACCUUGAGCGAGAGCACAGGAAGCGGGUAUGGUGGACCGCCUUUUGCGUCGACCAUGCCACCAGCACCGAACUAUGCUUCCAUCCGGCGUACGUUGGAAUAGAUGACUCGCUCGGUUACCCGGACUCUAGUGGCCUCUCCGCGGAAGAUCUCGAGGAGUUCUUUGACCCGGACUUGCUGACAGCGCAAAUCAAGCUUCUGCAAAUCAAGGGUCAUGUCAUCACCGUGGUCAGGCAGUUGAAGAGCAGACACGUCUAUCAGCGAUACGACCUGCUCCAUCAGUGUUUGGAACGCCUGGAACAAUGCCGAACCAACAUGCCGGCUAAUCUAGCCCCUCUGCUCGAGUUCGACUUUCAGACCCUCCCGAAUGCCAUACCCGAUAACCGAGUUCCUUUCUCGCUGUCUCUACGCUAUCACCAGUGUUACGUCUUGCUUCUGCGGCCUCUGCUGCUGCAUCAAUUGGCCUCUAUGCUUCGCGGCGACAUGUCCAUAUCUUUCAAGGAAGAGGUCCGGAAUACAAACAACACCUGUCUCCAGGCUGCCAGGACCAACGCGAAAACCAUGCUGCACCUUGCUGCAUCGGAGAUGUUGGUGGAGUACGGAUAUUGGGACUCUGUCCAUCUAUUUUCAUGUCUGACCGUCAUGUGUCUAGCUAAGAUCAUGGCUGGGAGGCUUCCCGGGCCGUUCGUGUGGCAAGGGACUGAACGGGACGAGGAUGUUGCCCUCUAUGACCAAGCACGCAAGGUGCUGGUCAACAUGGUUCAAUGCGGGAACAUCUCAUCAAGAUAUCACCUGGAGAUGCUUACCGAAAUCGAAUCGAUCGGAGAUACCAUGCUUCAUCCCCGUCAAAAUAGCAGCAGCAACUUGGAUGGAGCUUUGAUAUCGCUGCCCGCAGCACAAGCCGGAAGUAACGGGGAUACAAACGAUGGCUCGUUCCGGGUGGGUGACAUUCGAUUAGGGAGAGAGCUUGGCUUUGACGACUGGGCGGAGUUGCUGGAGCAGCCGGUCAUUGAUUUCACAUCCUUUGAUAUUUACUCAACAUCACUUGGUUGA